UGCAAGUGACUUCCAACGUUUAGCAACUCAACUCUCCACUAACACACCCGGCAGUAUCAUGACAGGACGUGGUAAAGGAGGCAAAGGACUCGGUAAAGGAGGAGCGAAGCGGCAUCGUAAAGUGCUCCGGGACAACAUCCAGGGAAUUACAAAACCGGCAAUUCGUCGAUUAGCUCGUCGUGGUGGUGUGAAACGUAUUUCCGGCCUUAUUUACGAAGAAACUCGUGGAGUACUGAAGGUAUUCUUAGAGAACGUUAUUCGUGAUGCCGUCACCUACACCGAACACGCUAAGAGGAAGACCGUCACCGCCAUGGACGUCGUCUACGCUCUUAAACGGCAGGGCCGCACUUUGUACGGUUUCGGAGGUUAAACGUCCCUAAACUGCGAUCAACACAUCUAAAAAAAAGUUUACUGCGUGGUCUCGUCAAAUUAAUUUUAAGAUUUAAAACGGUCCUUUUCAGGGCCACCAUAUACUUACACACUAUAUAAACUUGUAACUAUUAAAAGAUAAUGUUUUUAGAUGGUAUGUUUCAUAUGACAAGAGUGUUACCCAUAAUAUAUGAGGUACAAUCAAAAUUAUUUAAAUGGUUCAUACUCGAGGAUAAACACAGGAAUAAAUAAAUUAAUGCGUCGCGUAACA